GGCGCCAGUGUGUGUGGCUCGCCGUCUGGCUCUUCCUCUGUUGUGUUUGCUUAUGUUGUUUUUUAUUGCUAGAGUCAACUCUCUUUUAAUGUACAAUCGCCAAAAACUGUUGGACCUCCGACUAGUUGCCAGUGAUCUUACCAAUGCAACUUAUAAUGGACAUAAGGCGUUACCUCCAUUCCUGUCUGGGAUACCAGCUAACCUUUGUCGGACCCUGGCCCCAGCCUCACGGCGAAAGCGUUUCAGAUGCCGGGGCAAACGUAGCGGUCUACUCGUGAAACUUAAGGCGUACUUGGUGCGCUCCUCCCCGGCUUCUUGGAACGAACGUGGAUCUGUACCUUGUCAUGCCUUUUCUCCGUGCUCUCUGGAGCCCAUCGAUGCCUGACUGGUGCCCGUUGUUGGCUCGGAUCAGAUGUCCCAGCCGCGAAAGAUUUUCCCUCAUCUUCGUCGGCGCGGUGCGAACCUACAGAACUUGCGGCCACUGCGUCGGGUCUCGCUGUCAGCCACGAACACGCUGACCUCCACCAGACAAAGAUGACUCAAUCAGUUACUGUGACAACAAUGAGUAGUGUGGAGUCCACAACCAUUAAUACCACUGAGAGUCUGUUCCUGGACUCCCCGUUUCGUUAUGUGCUCAUCCCGGUUUUCUACAUCAUCUUCUUCAUCCUGGGCUUCAUCUCUAACCUCUACGUGCUGUUUGUCCUGCGCUGUCUUAGUCAAGCCAAGGCCAUGGGAGAAAUUCACAUCUACAUGACCAACUUGACCAUCGCUGAUCUUCUGUUUGUGUGUGCUCUUCCCUUUUGGAUUGACUACUAUAUGCGUGAGGGAGACUGGGUUUAUGGAGACGUCAUGUGCCGGCUGACAGGCACCUUCUUUUUCAUCAACACCUACGGCACCAUCCUCUUCCUUUCAGCCAUCAGCAUCAACAGAUGCUGGGCGGUGACUCGGCCUCUGGACGCAGCCUCGUCAAACCACAGAAUUCGUGGAAUCAUUGUUUGUAUUUGUAUCUGGGUGUUUGUUGUGGCAAUGUCUGUUCCUUUUCUGGUGAGUCCAGGGAUCAACGUGCACCGUAAAAACAACACUGACAUACGUCGCUGUUUUGAGGGAUACCAGGGAGAAACUAAUGACAAGAAGAAAAAAGUGGCUGUCACUCAUUUUCUAAUAAUUGGAUUGUUUUUUGUUGUCUUUUUACUCAUUGUGAUGUGCAAUUUCCUUAUUGCUCGAAUUCUAGUUUGUAAAAAUUCUCCUCAGUCGGAAAGUCAGUCUUCAGGAACACAGUCUAAAAAGCCCACUGUGACAUCCAUAUUCAAACGGCCCACAGGAGUAAAACGGAGGGCUCUCCAGAUGUUGCUGGCAGUGGUGGGAGUGUUUGUUCUGUGUUUCCUGCCACACCACAUAGUUCAAGGCCCCUGGGUUCUGGCAGUGCUGGAGAUCGAAGACGGCUUCGGCCACGUGAAAUACAGCAAGACCACUCGUCAGUUGCUGAACGACGCUCAUCAGAUCACUCUGGUUCUUAUGGGCCUCAACUGCAUUUUGGAUCCUGUAGUUUAUUAUUUUGCCACAGAGAAGUUUAGAGGACUCAUCAAGGCCCACAUUAAAAAAUUAAUCACAUUUACCCAACCUCGGAGCUACCACUUCAACCAGCCUGCAUCACCUGUUUGGACUCCGGUAGCAAAUCAGAGGCCUCAUAGGAAACCCACAAAGGCUGGGGUGGAGGACCAAAGUCAACAUGGUGGGAGGAACUCAGUGGUUAUUUUAUAAAGUAUUUUCAAAAAUCUUGAACCAAACCACAUCUCAGAUAAGAUUCUCUCCAUUUCAUGACAGAGAUGAAAUGGAGAGCAUGUCCACAUUAAAGGUUGGAGAGGCUUGUUAGCCUUAUUCUAGGAAUUAUACUCCGGAAUCAGGGAGAGGAGGAUAUAUGGUGUUGUGUGCUUAUACACGUGGAAUUAACCAUUUACCACAGACGGAGGCUGGUGCUGCUUAAAACUACAGUGAGUCAGAGCGGUGGUUCACGCAGUUCACAAUCCACUGUAUAGAGCCUUCAUGAAAGACUCCCCUACUGUGCUUUUAUUAGUCUCUACCUCCAUCAUGUGGUUUACAUGCAGUAUUACUCACUUAUCUCAGUGGCUGUAAAGAAAGCAGUGUGAUCUUCAGACUGCACUAACAUCCCGUAGAGAUGUGGGAUCAUUCUGAGAGUCAACAUCCAAAGAAGUUUUGAAGAAACAUGGAAACUAUUCCUGAAGAUUACUUAAAGAGUAUUUAAGGUGUAUUAAAGAAUAAUUGUGGUAUUGUAAAAUAUUAACUUUUGCUGUUGUUAGAAUUAUGGACACUCGUGUUUUGCCUUUUAUGCUGUAUUUUCAUGCAUAUUUGCACAUACUUCAAUUAACCUCUGCCCUUGUCCAUCUUCUUUUUCAAAAUAUAAGGAAACAAGGGGUAGCUCAAGACUUUUCCACAGUGUUGUACCUAUUGACCUAUACCUCUAACUGACCUGUACCAAUAACUGGUUUUAAUAUAAAUACAAUAAAUUUGUCAUUUAUGACACAUCAUCUUGUGGAAGUUGUUCUCUCUGAAAUUUUUGUAAAUAAAAACAUGAAAUCAAA